CGUCUGAAGCGCUCCCUCUCCUUUAAGACCCUGAUGCGUAGUAAGAGUGUGGAGAACUUCUUCCAGAGGUCCUACAGUGACGCCCGUCUCCCCCCAGACUUCAUCACCGACCCGCCACCCCCCUCCCCGCCCCCUGGCUCUCCCCUCGCCAGUGAAUGCUCACCCUCCCGCUCUCCGUCACUCAGCCCCAACCCCUCCCUCUGCUCCCACUCCCCGUCUCUAAGCCCCUCCCCCUCGCUGUCUUCCAAGGCCCCGCCCCCAACCCGCCCACUGACGCUGGUGAACCACUGCUUCCAGGACCACAUUUUCCGCAAGCCCACCCACUGCCAGCUCUGCAAGCACCUGAUCGUGGGUAACUCUAAACAGGGUCUUCGGUGUAAAACCUGUAAGAUGGGUGCUCACCUGUGGUGCACCUCAGAGUUGUCCCAGCAGCCCUGCAAUGUAAAGUCUGGGGUCGGGGCCUUCAAGCGGAACUUCAGCUCUCCCAUGCUGGUCAACGAGCAGCUGGCUGUCGUCAAGGAGGUGCUGCCCACCCAAGGGGCAGGCCGGGGGCGUGGGGUGGACCCUAUUUACGCAGCCCUGCGCUAUGGGACGUCCCUGGCACAGAUGAGCCGCUCCAGUUUUGGGAGCGUGUCCGAGUUGACCAAUACCAGCAAAUCUCCCUCACUUCAACUAGCGUUCUCAUCUACAGUAUAUCUGGAUGACUCAGAGCCUGAGAGUCUGUUCUCGGGUGAAGGAGGAGAGGAGGGGGAGCAGAGGCAGUACAGCAUGGAGGAGGAGAUGCCACAGGAGACAGGGGAUCUGCCUCCGUGUGAAAACGAGAAGGCGGAACCUGAGGGUGGGGACAGCGAGCAGCUCCAGGAGCCUGUAGAGGAAACCAGUGUGAAGGUUCCCAGGCGUAUUGAGGUUCACUCCAUCCACACGUAUGUAGCGCUCUUCAAGUUCCUGCCUCAGGAGCACAACGACCUCGGACUAGAGCCUGGUGAUCGGGUGCUGGUCACUGAUGAUUCUAAUGAAGAGUGGUGGAAGGGAAAGAGUGGAGACAAGGUGGGCUUCUUCCCUGCUAACUUCGUUCAGAGGGUGCGCCCAGGGGAGAGGGUGUGGAGGGUCACCCAGCCUGUCCCUGCCAGCCGAGGGAUGGGACACAUGCCAGUGAAGGAGGAUCAGAUCUGUGUGGGGAAGAGUGAGGACAAUGAGGGUUUCCUGAAGCUGAGCAGUGGGAAGAAGAGAGGACUAGUCCCUGCUGAAUCCAUUGAGGAGAUCUAACCUCUGUCUCAACACCAGCCCCCAGUCUCUCUCUGUCCAGCACCCUGUAACCUCCCCACACACCCCUUUAAGGCCUGAGGAGGACCAGCCAGUCCGGAGGUCCUCCAACACCACCAUCAUGAGGCCCACCUUCCUACUAAACUGAGUGGGGAGCGUUGACAGUUCAGCUUGUGAAUUACUGGUGAUGUGGAGGAUGCCCCAGCCCUGUCCUUGCUGACCUUGUCUCCUCCACCCCAAUGUAGCUGACAAACCGGACAUGAAAGUGUUGGUUUCCCUUCCACAGUGGGUUGGCCUAGGUGUUGUGGAGGACUAUCUAAGCCCCCAAUGCCCCAUGUUUUCCUGCUGUAAUGUACCUUUGUGUAUUAGUGAACUGGGUUUAUCUGUAGUCCACACCACAGGGGUACGAGUUUUAGGACUGAAGGACUGGCUGCUGUGGACUCCAGUAACUUCCCUCAGGAUGGAAGGAACUUUGAGACUAUUUUCUGUCUGGUGAGUCUGGUCUGUCUGUGUGUGAUUUGACCAGUUCUUUUUCACUGUCCUCUGUGGCUGGAUAUCAUGAAGCUGAAGAAUGCGGGAUUAAGGCCGUCACAUAAUAUCCAGUCGAAAAGUGGCGCUCCGUUUCGCGCAUAUAUAAUGACUAAAAUGUGUGCUGUUUUUGUCGGUUUUGGUGUUUGGCAUGUUUUGUUUUUGCCUGUUCGCUCAAACAACAUUUUGUAUUGGGGCAAGUUGAAGUUCGGUAGCUGACGUCUACGCCCUUUCGCCUGUAAUUGGUCAACUGUAGUGUUUUCAAAUGAAGGUCUUUAAGGGGCGAAUGAGAGCACAGUCGAGCGCGCACACCUAGCCGAGUUCUGCUAGGCGCAAACAGAACCUAGUAUUAGUAUACGUUACCUUAGUCAGGUACUUGUGUUGUGUGUGGGAGUUCCUGUUCCUGGACACUGCAUGGAAGAAAACAUUUGUUCUUUCUCUGAUGAACUAGAACAAGCGUCACACUCCUGAUGACAUCAUCACAGGUGGACGCCUACUAUGAUCAUAGUAAUUCAUUUACGCGGUGACCGUGAAGGAGAUAAUUGCAUGCUGAAGGAUGUACUUGUUUGAAUGCCCGGUGUCAGUGAGAUGUUCAGGAGACUGGUGAUGGUUGUAGGUGUAGGUGCUUGCAUUUUCUCUCAUCCUUUCGUUUGGUCCACCUUCUCUCUCUCUUUCUUUCUCUCUUUCACUAUCUCUCUUUCUCUCGUCUCUCUCUCCUUCCAUCUUUCUCAGCUAUACAUUGGUCCCUUGGCUGGGAUUUGACAUCAUCUUGAUUUAGACUGGCACAAAACGUAACUGCUCUGCAAGGACGGAUGGGCGGGCAGGCGAGCGACACUGGGCAGAGUACACCCUGGUCAGACCAGACAGCCAGCAGAGGACAGGACAAACUGGGUUUAUUUCGACACACUCUCUCUCAGAUCCUGACUCACCGGCUGACUCACUAACAUUCGACCUCGCACUUGACAGGUUCCAGAAGGUCAUGGAUGAAAGCCCCGUCCUUCUAUUGUACAGCUGGCGAAUCAAUCAAACACUUCAAAAAAAUCUGUUUUUCUAUGUCCUAUUUAUGAAAAAUACAAGAGAUUCAAUUAGAUUUGGGCUGUGAAUACUUACAUAAAUAAUUCAAUGUUUUUUUUUGUUCUGAAUAGCCUGGACUGUAUAAAACAUCUAUGAAUAGAGCCAUUGUUAAAAAAAAAAGAAACAAAUUGAGCAACAACACCAUUUUUUUAAACUGCUCUAAAUUAGUUUAAAUUUUCUGGACAAUUUAGCAGACGAGCAGUGGAAGACUUGGGAAGUGUGUUCGUGUCUUUUGGCUCGUCUGUUUGGUCCACCACUGGUAAACAAACAACAGCCAAGAGCCAGUCGGCUGGAAAACCACAUGAACAGACUUUGUAAGUGUGACAACCGAACAUGGUCCCGCUGGUCUGAGGGACAGGGAGCGAGGGAUAUGGAGGGACAUGGAGAGGAGUAGACAAAAGGGGUUGACCCAGGUGUAGAACCAUCAUAAAUCAAUGUGUCUGCAUGCAGGUUUCUUUGUCUAUGGACGACCAAUUCAACAUUGAUCAAAUGUCAGUCUCUCGCUCUCUCUCUCUCCAUUCCCCUCUCUCUUUCCCUCUGUCUCUGACACUAUUGGGCAUUUUUGCUGCUAGUGGGAAGGGUGGCUGGACUGAUGUAUUGUACAUGUAGAUGUAAGCACGUUUAAUGAUAGGAUAAUGGGUUGGAUUUCAAUGUUUCCAUAAUGUAUUGAUUAUUUAUUGAUUUAGACAGAUAUCUAUCUACAUGCUGAGUCGCAGCACGUAGCUGUCACACUGGUGGCAUUAAUAACAUGUCCCCUCCCACUUCCUGUAAUAUAAGAAUACAGUGUAUACAGUAAGACAUCUGGAGAGUUAAAGAAGUAUGAUGAUGAUGAACAUAUUGGGUGCGUUAGUAAAUUCAAUCUGGAGUGCCAGAGUGCGCUCUGGGCGUUCGUAAAUUCAGAUUGUUGGUCAGAUUGUCUGAUCGUAAAUUCAGAGCAUUUCGCUCUCGGAGCGUUCAGCGCUCACACUGGACGAACUGGCCAAGGAGGAGGCUUGAUUCGAGCGUUCAGACCUCAUAAAGGCAGUCCAGUACCCAAGCUAACUGGCUAACGUUGGCUAGCUUGCUAGCUACUUCCAGAAACAAAUGAGAGAGUACCUCACUUGGACCAGUUUACUCGAUCUAGCAGAGCUGGUUAGGCUGUUUUCGUGUUAUCCAGAGCGUUGGUGACUGUAACUGUGCUGCUGGCAACAAUUUAAGUAUGCUUUCUUUGGCGACGUUUACUCACACCGGCCACAUUCAACGGGUGUUGAGCGUUGGUAAAUUGAUCAGUUAAACUCUGUCACACUCAGACGAGAGUGCUCUGAAACCAGAGUAGACGGGCAGAGUGAAUUUACGAGCGCACCCAUUGUUUCAUGUUUUGUUCCUCACAUAGUGCAUGAUAACAUGAUCAUCUUUGAGUCUAUAUCCUCUGUGUCUGUGGAUGGAUGAUGUGUCACAGACUGUGAUGAAUAUUGUACUUUCCUUCCGCUGGGGCCACGUGUUCCUAUGUGUAGCAAGGACUUCUCUGGUCCUCACAGUCCCAGACCAGGAGCAAUACCCAGCUACUGGGUAUACAGCUGGAGGAAUUGUUUGUUAGCUUAUUCCUUGCCGAAUUUUCACACAAGAUGUACAUUUCCGGUAGGGUUCGUGUAGACCGAGAGUCUGUCACCCUUUGUGGACCCUGUUUGAUUCGCUCUUCGUGUAGCAUUUCUGUGUACAGGCCCUGGCCUUCUUUCCCAGUUGCGAUGUAACUUGAGCAUUACGAUGAUUUUACCAGAUGCGUCGUUAUUCGCAAACCAAUUUUGGUCAUAAAGUGUUUUGUUCCUCACUUUGUGGGGCAAGUUGGGCACCAUCAGUAAAUUACACAUUAAAUUGGGACAUUAAAACAUGAAUAGCUCCAAAUUUGAAUGACUUAAAAACCUCAAACCAAUUGUAAAAAUGUAUAUACGAGUAUUGAAAGCAUUUAACCUUUUACUGCAGUGAGCUAAAUCAGGGUCACACUGAGUGUUUACUGGUAGUCUUCAAAAAUCUACUUUGAAACAAAGUAUACACCUCACACACAUGGUUAUGGGCUUUAAAAUAGGAAAACACCUUGACCAUGUCAGAUAUAGUUGAAAUAUAUUCAAGUUUGAGUUUGCCUCCCAAUAUUACACUUUAUUUACAUCACAGAGUACUGAAAUAUAACAAAACUGUUUGACAUAGAAACACCAGAUUUUCGGCAGUUUAAAAAAUGUAUAAUGUUGAUUAAUUAUGAAAUGAUGAAAAAUAUGAAUAACAUUCCACCCAUGAGGCCACUGGGUCAUUUGGCUGCAUGAAAGAGCUACUGAGACAACCCAAAAAAUAUGCAGGUGAAUUUAUUGUUCCAUUUACAUUGUGUAAUUCAAUGACAUCCCUAACUAUCCCCAGAGAUAGGCUAUCCAAAGCCAAACCAAUCUUCGCCCCGAUCGCACACCAGCCAGCUGAAGCUAAUUGGCUAAAUAAUUUGGCUAACUAUUCCCACCUGUGAACUCACCCACAUUAAACCACACCCCGAAACCAACUCACGUUUGAAUUCAGCCAUGGCCGCUAGCAUUUAUUAACGAACCAAAUCGAACACGAGGCCAUAUUAGGAAGUGCAGUCGCCCUUUAAGAGUGUUUCCCAAACGAAAAUGUAGCGAGGCAUAACGUUUGGGUCGUUAGACCAUGUGUCAACACCGAUUGGAUCAAAAUAAAAACAGCACUCUCAAAUCAGCUUUCUCCAUUCAAAUCUUACCUUAACAUUAUAAUUAUAAUUAUCCCACAAUCCUGACAAUGGAUCACCUCCUAUGAGAUAUUACCACCUACAGUAUGGCUACAAAUAGGCUAUUGAUGCAGGCUUAUUAUGCUUCCUCAAUAUUAAUGCACUAAAUCACAGAGUGGGCACUUAAUUGCGCAAGUGUUGUCACACAUCAUGAAACACAUUGAGGCAAAAAAAUACAGAUAGUAGCCUUGUGGAAAAAUAGAACUCUAUUGAUUGAACAUUACAUUCAUUUCAGUAUGAUUGAAAUAGGCUACAUGGCCUAUAUAGGCUAUGUGUCUUUUAAAGCAGUCAUCUCACUUUUCAUUUGAAGCAUAAUUGUAUCCUUGACCUGUGUGUAACACAUACUUUGGUAACUUUGUAUUCGUAGUUAACUUCGUUUUGAAGUUGUCACAGUCAGUCAAGAUGUUUAGGCUGUGUUAAGCAGAGAGCUGUGAAUAAAGUGACGCAAAAGGGCACUUUGGGCACGAGUGGCCUGCGAAAGGUUUUUAAGAGCCACGUUACUAACGAAGGCUCUGGGAAAACAACUCGACUACUGAAGACACAUCGUAAGAAAGUUCUAACGAUGAUCUAUCAAGAUGAAGGCUCUGGGAGACAAGGCUCUGCACAGUAAGUGUAUGUUUUAGUGUGUGUGUGUGUGUGUGCGGGAUAUAGCCUUAGUUAAUAUCACUGGAAGAACACAUGCCUCAAUAAAAAAAAAUCUUUAUCCUCGAAUGAAA